GUUCAUCGUACAAAGUGCACUCUUUGUAAUUCACCUAUUCCCCGACUGUUACGGGUUACGGCUAACGACGAGUGGUCGGGGUACGCCAUGUUUGUGUUGCAGUCAGCGUUGUAGAUGGUGUGCGUGGCGCGGGGUGCGCGGGUAAUCGGGUAUACGUGUUGUCUCCGCUUAUUUUUUCUCUCGCGUGCAGUAUCUAAUGCUCGGCCGUUUAUUUACGUAGCGUCGCGACACAGUGCAGAGACCGAUUCGCGUGCCGCCGAUCCGUCGCGACGAGGAGUGCAGUAAACGGCGAAACGACCGCGCGGUGAUCCUAUCGCUGUAGCCGCGCACGCAACGAGGGUGACCGCGAGAUCUCGGACGCACUCGCGACUCGCACGGUUAGAUGCGAUCCUUGUUCCUGCGGAGGUUGUUUACAGGUAGGCCCGCGCCGUCGUAAGCCGCGCGGUGAUCCGCGUGGCGCGCGGAUUUCCAGGAACGCAACGUCGUCGUCGCCGCCACUUCGUCAGUGACCGCAGCGCAAUUCGAUGCACCACGCUAUGCCACGCUAGACGCGUGCACUUGUGCUGUGUUUUAUAACCUGACAACACGAGCGAAGUACUUCAUCCUGUGUGUAUCUCACGUUUAUCAUGCAUCCGUUGCAUCUUUGACGAAAUAUUAUCAAGCGGUGCAUACUUAAUUGAAAAGAUAUCAAAAUGUGGCCGGCACAAAGUAAUAAUAAUUCUAAUGCGAAUUCUGCGUCAAAUGAAAAGAACAAUUUACGUACUCUGGGGAUGACGUCAGCCAUCAGCGUAGCUGAACCUAAACCUAUGGACAUUUCUAGAACCAACGAAUUAAAGGAGGCCCUGAAACCCUACAAUGUUUUUGAAUCUGAAGAAGAGUUGAACCAUAGGAUGGAGAUUUUAAGUAAACUGAACGCAUUGGUUAAACAGUGGAUAAGAGAUACGAGUAUAGCUAGAAACAUGCCACCUAAUGUGGCCGAACAAGUGGGUGGUAAAAUAUACACGUUCGGUUCAUAUAGGUUAGGUGUACAUCACAAAGGCGCCGACAUCGACGCAUUGUGUGUUGUACCGCGUCAUAUAUAUAGACAAGAUUAUUUUACGUCCUUUUUCGAAUUAUUAAAAAUGCAGGAAGAAGUUACAGAUUUAAGGGCAGUAGAAGAAGCCUUUGUACCAGUUAUAAAAAUGAACUUUGAUGGCAUAGAAAUCGACAUGCUAUUUGCAAAGUUAACUCUUAAGGAAAUUCCAGAUUCAAUGGAUCUCAGGGAUGACAUGCUACUAAAAAAUCUUGAUCAGAAGUGUGUCAGAAGUCUUAAUGGUUGCAGAGUGACGGAUGAAAUACUACGUUUAGUACCUAAUAUAGAAAAUUUCAGAUUGGCUCUUAGAGCUAUAAAAUUAUGGGCAAAACGACAUGGCAUAUAUAGUAAUGUCUUAGGUUAUCUUGGUGGUGUAUCUUGGGCAAUGUUAGUCGCUCGGACGUGUCAGCUUUAUCCCAACGCCGUGGCUGCAACUCUGAUAGAAAAAUUUUUCCUUGUAUUCUCUCAAUGGAAAUGGCCACAACCAGUACUUCUGAAACAACCUGAUAAUGUCAACUUGGGUUAUCCAGUUUGGGAUCCAAGAGUAAAUGUAGCAGACAGAUAUCAUCUAAUGCCAAUAAUUACACCAGCAUAUCCUCAACAAAAUUCUACUUUCAACGUGUCUGUUUCGACCAGAACCAUCAUGCAAGAAGCGUUUGAAAACGGAUUAGCCAUAACAGAAGAAAUUAUCAUGGGUAAAGCAACGUGGGACAAGUUGUUCGAGCCGCCAAACUUUUUUGGCAAAUACAAACAUUAUAUUGUAUUGUUAGCCAAAAGUUUAAGCGCCGAAGAUCAACUUGAAUGGUGCGGCCUUGUCGAGUCAAAAAUACGACAUUUAAUAGGUAUGUUGGAAAGGAAUCCUCAUAUUACUUUGGCACACGUUAAUCCGGAGGCGUUCCCGCCAUUGAAUCCCGAAUCAGGCAAACAUUGUUCUAUGUGGUUCAUCGGCCUGGCUUUUUCUAAAUGCGAAAAGAGCGAAAAAAGCGAAAAGGGCGAAAAUAUCAACGUUGACCUCACAUAUGAUAUCAAAUCCUUUGUGGAUACAGUUGAAAGACAAGCAGAACAAAUAAAUAUGUUCAAGGAAGGAAUGUGGAUUGAGGCUAAACAUGUAAAAAGGAAGGACUUGCAUACUUAUGUAUCGCCAAGUUUACUGAAAAAGGAAAGGAAGGUUUCUAGCGGUGUACAUCGGAACGGCAACAUUGCUGGAAAUGGAAACAGUGGUAGUGUAUCGCCGCGAAGUCAAGGUGAUACAAGUAGCAGAAAGAGAUUAUCGGAUCAGACGCUUGAUUCAUGUGGAAAAAAGCGGCGAAUAAAUGAGACGGAAGAACAAACGGAGAACACAACGUUAGUCGUUCAAUCUUGUGGAGAAGAUAGUAAUUCUGGCUUCAGUAUGGAUGAAUACAAACCGAAUCUAUCAACUAAUAAGGACGAAGGACCUACUAGUACAACUUCAGUAGCGCAGGAAGGAUUCGUAUGCACUUGAUCAUCGUGGAAUAAUUAUCUUACAUCAAUCCACAGAUGCUCCUCUGGAUCAUCUAGACUGUAAACAUUUCUCAUGCAACCAUCCACUGCCCACUGUAAGUCCUUCGUUUCGUAAAAGCAAAACAGCGUCACGCGCAAUGGAGGAAGCUGUCCAGGUGGAAUCAAUCAAUUGAUGACAAUUUAUGUGUUUAUGUGAGACACUAUAAUUAAUAGUAUUAUAAAAAAAAACAUCGACAGUCAAUGGGAACAAUUACGCUGAAAACUUUAAGCGAUUGUGCCAGUGUCUGUGAUGUCGUCUACAUCACUGGAGUAAUAGUUUUGAGACGCAUAGUUGAAAGAAAUUUGCUACCAUGAAGGUUAAAUCUACUUCGCUUGGAAACAAUAGUAAUCAUACUUUUUAUAUUUCCUUUUUGUAUAUAUCAUUUACAUUACUCUUUUUUUUUAUCGAUAAACACUUGAACAAGGAACUUAAGAUUUGAUAAUACUUGAUGUAAUUGAUAAUUUUACAUAAUUUACAUGACGAGCAAAAAUAGUUUGAUCGAGAAAAUUACAUGUAUGGAAAUUUCCGUAUUUUUGCGAGUGUUUCCGCAUGUUAGAAAAAAAACACAAAAUAUAAAAUAUAUUCUUAUAUAAAGUGCAUUUUUGUAAUGCACUGUGGAAUAUGCUUUAAAAAUGCAUAUGCAUAUGAUUUAGUUGUAAGUAGCUCUGAUAUACUUUAUUACUCGUAUGCAAGUCACGUGCCGCGUCUGCCUGUUUAGGGACUUGCAAACUUGUACUGUACUGUUAGCGUUUUAACACGCUUUACUGUUUGUACGAAGUAUGAAUUAUUAUUUACGCGAUACUUAAUGUUGCUAUUAUUUAUAAGGAUUAGAUAUUCCAUGCAAGAGUUGCAGUAUAGAAUAUUAUUUGCUCCCGAAGCUUACCAUUGUGCACGUAAAGAAAGACGCUAAUGGUCAUUUUUUGCUGUACAACUGUAAUGUAAUCGAUAAUGUAAUUGCAUUACAAGAGUCACCGACACUGGCAUAAACCCGAGGAUGUUUCAUUUACAGAGUACGUAGAUAAUAGUCACUUUAGGAAGAUAAGAAUAGAAACUUGCAAAUGAAACAUCCCAAAUAGGCCAUUGACUAUCUUAUUGACGAUUAUAUUGCGUGAAACAGUUUCGUAUGGAGCCGCCUUUUAGUUUUUGCUCAGAAACAAAGUUAUAGCUUUAACGAAUUAGAUCGGGCUGACACUUGGAUGAUUGAAACCACCUGUCACCAAUCGGUGAGUUUUUUCAGGUGUUCAACUACCUUCGCUCCCAGUCUACGGCUCUGAUCCUUGAUCCUGAUUCCGAUUAUCUUCUCGCCUAUUGCAGUCCUCAAUUUGUGUGUUAAAGGCAUGUCCACUAAUCGUAUGCUACAAGGUAUUUGAUGUUCAUUCUUUGGUACUUGUAAACGAAACUUGCGAAUACCGCAGUAUACGUAAAACUCAAGUACUUGCAGAGUACUAUUUGACAAGUUAAAGAUUUCAGACGCAAUUCGUAUUAGUAUUGAGAAAUAUGAGAAGUACCACUUCUCUUUCAUAAUCGACACCGCUAGCAACUUAGUUGUUACGUUGAAAUUUUUAUUAAUACAAUAUAAACAAUUUAACGGUAAUUACUAAUUAAAUUUUAAGUAUAACAUGAAAAUCUUGAUUAUAACGCUUUGCAAAUGUCAUGAUUCAAUGUUCAGUGAUUAGGAAUCAUUCCGUUAUUUGUAUAUACAUAUUCGUAGAUGCGCCUGAGAUGAUGAGGUUUCACUCUUUCAAAGCUUGUCUUGAUGAGUCAUUUUAUUUAUUGAUCGGAAUACGCGUUUUCCUGUGUACUAAAAAACAGUAAUAGAGCUAUCUUAUGUCUUCGCUUUUUCAUGGAUUCACGCUAAUUCCAUGCUUGAAUCUGAGAUUGAGGUAUAUUAGAGUACCGUACAAGGAAAACUAGGCCAGUUGGUUUGAUCAAUCAUAAACCCCCUUUUGCUUUCCACAUUGUGUUGUGUGACAUGAUUAAAAACGUGAUCCUCUCUUUAAAGAAUUUAGCAUAUAAGAAAUUAGAAUUUGUUUAGAUACAUCAGUAUACACAAAUGUAUCCAAUCAAAUUCAUUAUUAAUGAUCAUACGGUAUCGUGGAGUAGUCAUGGGUUUAUUUCAUGAGUUUAAUAAUCGACAUCGUAAUUGUUCUCCUGUAUAGAUUCCAUGUAAAAAGAGAGGAUCUCUUUUUUUCUUUCCCUAUAGAUUUUAUUUUUAAUAAUCAUUCAUGAUUUAAUCAUUUGAUUCAUAACGCACAGAUGA